GCUCAUAAAUUGAGGACCCUAAGCAGUGCAUUAUUCUGGUGACCUAAUGCAAAGCUUUUGGUUUUAUGUAUUUAGUGACGCAUGCUUUAAGAAGUAAUAUUGCAGUUGAAUAAAUCUGGACAGCAUGACAUCAGAGAGUAAUUAAGAAAGGUUUGUGUUGGAAUUCCUGCGCUCAGGUUUGCGCACAACUUAAGCACCUGCAGGUUUGUGUGUGUGUGUGUGUGUGUGUGUGUGUGUGUGGGUGUGUGCGUGCUGUUUUCACUGGACCAUGUUCAAACUCGAAGAAAGAAAGAGAGAGUGAGCGAGAAGAGCGCAUUACGCCAUCCUUCCCUCUUGGAAAAGUGGGAUUUUAUACAAGUCUCUCACAAGAUAUCAAGCAGAAUCGUUGGACUUCACCGAGAGACACUGCGCUUUUGUACCUACUCCUGGAUCUCCACUCCGACAGAGAGCUGGAUCACUAUGGUUCUGAAGAGGGGGGCUCAUGGCAAUGAUUUGCGCAGAAUAAUCGACCAGACAUUUCCAAAGCUUCAUUUUUACCUCUCCAAUCCUGUUCAUGGUAGAGUCGUUGAUCAUUUUUCCAUCACCGAAACCCAGAGGAAGAUCAGAGGAUGAAAGUUCUGACUAGUCUCCCUCUUUUAUUGGGUUUCUGGAUUCUGUUAUUCCUGGACUUUAUCCCGCAGGCGCUCUCCAUCGCCGGAGUGGCCGGUCACAGGGGUACCGGGGCGGCCAAAUCCAAUCCACGGUUACCGGUGGCGCGCAACGGGAGCACGCUAGUUAAGCCCUCAGACAUCGCGAAGAUCUCUCGCAUCCGGGCUGGUCCACCUCUGAUAAAGGCCGAGGGUAACCCGGGUCGCGCUGCAGUCCCCGUGAGUCUAGGGCGCAGGGAGGCCGCGCGCUCUUGGGUACCCAAGGAUGAGGCGAGGGUCGCAUCCUCUUCCAGCAUCCAACACCAAGCGGGACACAAUAAAGGAGUUUCUGCGCACAAAUCAGUCGCGCCGGCUGCGAUUAGGGCUGGACAGACCAAUGCUGGCGCGAAGAAAAGCAUCGCACCGGCACCUGCGCAUCUGAGAGCGAAAAACACCAGCGUGGAGCCCAAACACCCUUUAGUGACGCCCCAUGACUACAUGCUGUCGCUGUACUGGUCACUGACCAGCGGAGAGGUCAACACUAGCGUCCUGCACGAGGCUGGGAUGGCCAAUACUAUCACCAGCUUUGUAGAUAGAGGACAAGAUGAUCGUGCAGCCCUCCUGAGGCGUCAGCAGUACCUCUUCAAUAUCAGCUCAAUGGAGAAGGAUGGUCUGUUGGGUGCAGAGCUGCGCAUCCUCCGAAAAAAGCACAUGGAUUUUCGUAAGGCCACGUUUACUGAGGGCAUAGCAACUUUAAAAAUGUACACCUGUGCCUCAGGUAAGCACAGACCUGUCCUGCUGCAUACUCAACCUAUCGACCCUCAUAGUGCCCUGUACUGGGAAGUGUUUGACAUUUGGAAACUGUUCAAGAACUUUAGAAACACUCCACAGCUUUGCUUUGAGCUGGAGGCAGUCGAUCAAGGCCGACUGCUUGAUUUGCGAUUACUCGGCCUGAGUCGGACAGGAAGGCAAUCCAAGGAAAAAGCCUUCUUUGUGGUGUUUGGGCGUACAAAAAAUCAAGGGCUCUUUUACAAUGAAAUCAAAGCCCGUUCAGGUCACGACAACAAGACCGUCUACGAGUACCUCUUUACCAAGCGGAGGAUGCGUCGGGCACCGCUGCCAAGUGGGAAAAAACCAUCCAAGAAUCCCAAACCAAGGUGCAACCGCAAGCAGUUGCACGUCAACUUCAAGGAAAUGGGCUGGGACGACUGGAUCAUCGCUCCUCUGGAGUACGAGGCCUUCCACUGCAACGGCGUCUGUGACUUUCCCAUUCGCUCCCAUUUGGAGCCUACCAAUCACGCCAUCAUCCAGACUCUCAUGAACUCCAUGGAUCCCAGAUCCACCCCACCGACCUGCUGCGUCCCGACAAGACUCAGCCCCAUCAGUAUUCUGUACAUUGACUCAGCCAAUAAUGUGGUGUACAAGCAGUACGAGGACAUGGUGGUGGAGAGCUGUGGCUGCAGGUAGCAAGAUUUUCUGAAGACUUUUAAAAAGCAACCGGAAUGGAAAC